GGAGGCUCGUCGAGGUAGUGGCCCGCGCCCCACAGCCGCGACAGCUCGAAGCGCGCGCGCCGCGUUUCUCCGCGUCGAGAGUUGCGCGCGAGGGUGAAGUUGGAGCGAGAAAGAGAGAGAGAGAGAGAGAGAGGAAGAAGGAGGGUUAGCGUGGUGGCGGUGGUGUGUAAUACGGUACACGGUGAAAGCGACGACCGCGCGUACCCGAGAGUCUCUCCCGAGGGCGCCACCCCAGCGAAAGGGGUCGUCGUCGGCGUGACGUUUCGUCGCGUUUCAUCGCGAGAUUCCGCGAGAAGUGUGCACUGUCGAAGGUAUAUCGAAUGUAAAAGAGAAGUGUGAAGCUAAUAAGAAUCUUGACGUCGCUAUAUUAUUUUCCAAGUAAUCGUGUGUUGCUUGCUUUUUACUGUGUACACAUUAUUCGGAUCGCGUCGGUGGAUGCUCGACUGGUCCGAGAGAAAACAGACGUGCGGGUGAAAAGUGUCCGGGAUAGAGGAGAAGAACCUGUCGGCACUUCCGGUAUAUUUCCAGUACUGGUUUCGGUGCAGGAGAGAGAGAAAGCUGGUGGUGGCCGACUCGAAUUACUACACUCGUCUCGAACCGCAAAAUAUUGGCUAGAACCAGCGGCCUGUGUGUUUUUCCGUCGAGCUGGUUUCAAGGGGUGGCGGUGUAGGUUGAUUGUACGUACACACGGGGAGUGUCGCAGGUGCGGAGGAACUCGGGGGUGGCGUGCACACGAGGAGGGGUGUCCUCGCGCAACUCCCGCGCAACAUCGGAGCACCGAGAAAGACCUGGGGAGGUGCCGUGCUUCGCUCUCGCUGUGUGUGUGUGUAUUUACGGGGACGCAUUAGCACCUGGCAUCGAUACCUUGGCGUCAGCACUGAUGCUCUAGUAAAGGUCCUGGAGUUCUAAGAGAGAAAGAGCGAGAGACCAAGAAAGAAGAAAUAAAGCAGGAUGUGGCGCGUACGAGUCAUCGUCUUCCUCCUAGCAGCCACUUCCGUCACCUACGCCAAGGUGGCCGUGUUGCCGCACGAUGUUUACCCCGGUUACGAGGUGACGCAGUUCCGGGGCGAGGCGAGUCGGCCUUCGAACUUUCGCCUCCUGGAAACCGGCUUCUCCAAGUACUUCACCGUGCUUGGCAACGGCCUGGUGAUGACAACGUCGGAUCUGACGCCGCUCGUGGACCGUCCUGUCAACCUGAUCGUCCUGGAGGAACUGGCCAACGGCACCCAGACCCACGACCUUCACCUCUACGUCAUCAAUCGCCGGAACAUGCUGACCUUCUCGCACGACCGUCUCGGCGAGGGCGAAGUGGCGGAGAACGCGGUUGCCGGCACGCAAAUAGACGGAUUUCCGGUUCUGCGGGCGCGUGGCAGCUUUCCGGUCCAUUACAAAAUCCUGCCGGACGAUAACGGGGAACGUCCGUUCGCUCUACGCGAGAACGAGUCCAACGAGACCGGCUUCAACCUCACCCUGAAGAGCCAGAUGCAGGGUGUCCGAGUGGUGAGCGCGAAACCGCUGGAUCGCGAGUCACGUGGUCUCUACACCGUCGUGAUACACGCGUCGGACGGGAACUUUCUCAGCACGUCCAAGAUCAGCGGCAUCGUCCACGUGCUCGACGUGAACGACAACAGUCCGAUUUUCGAACGCGAGCUCUACGUCUUCGAGAUCAGGCCGACCAAUCUGGAUACGUUGCGCAACGGUGGCGACGUCACUGCGCUGCCCGGUUGGAAGAGGUUCUCCACCGUCGGCAAGGUCACGGCCAAGGACGCGGACGGGGACAGGGUCGCGUACAAGCUGGUGACGCCUAGCAGUCUGCUGAUAGUCGUGCCGCAGACCGGCGAACUGUUGCUCGCUGGUGAGCCGGAAGUCAGCUCGGAGCAGGACAGCGAAUGCGAGCUGAUCGUCGAGGCGCAUGAUCUGCACACGCCUAGUCGCAGUGCCGAGAGACCGGCCAAGGUCAUCGUGAGAUUCCUCACCACGGAGCCGGACGAGUCGCCGGAGGUGCACCGGAUAGAGAAGAGAAGAGUCACCCGGGCUGUGCGGCCGACGAAGAAGGUCGAUUUCACGGAGGCGGAUGGAAAUAUCGAGGGCAAGAUCGCGUUUUAUCUCGAGAAGGAGAACGAGAAGGAGACUUAUAAGAUAAGAGACGAGAAUAAAUGGGUUACCGUGGGCGCGAACGGCUCUGUCAUGGUCAAGCAGAAGUGGGACUACGAGGAACUGGGUCCGGAGAAGACUAUCGACUUCUGGGUUACUAUCACGAACACAGAGCCAUGCGCACAAUAUGCCCCACUCGGUGUCCCGUGCCCAUUUUGGGAUGAUACCGACAAUCAGCGCGUCAUCAUCAACAUGAAGGACGUCAACGACGAGCCUCCGUAUUUCAUUAAUCGGCCUCUACCGAUGCAAACGGUCGUCCAGUUGAAUGCACCGCCGAACACUCACGUGUUUACCCUUCAAGCCAGAGAUCCCGACACCGACCAUAACAUCCAUUACUUCAUCGUGCGAGAUCGAACUGGUGGCCGCUUUGAGGUCGACGAGAGAUCGGGGGUCGUACGUACUCGUGGCACUGACCUCUUCCAGCUGGAUAUGGAGUAUGUCCUUUACGUGAAAGCUGAGGAUCAGAACGGCCGUAUCGACGAGAGGCGUUUCCAGUCGACUCCUGAGGAGAGACUAUCGAUCGUCGGUGGAAAACGCGCACCGCAGUUCUAUAUGACGGCGUACGAGGCCGAGAUACCGGAAAACCAGAAGAAAGACUCCGACAUAAUAUCCGUGAAAGCCAAGUCGUUCGCCGAUCGGGAGAUACGUUAUACGCUGAAAGCUCAAGGUCAAGGAGCUGCGGGUACAUUCAACAUCGGGCCGACUUCGGGUAUCGUGAAACUUGCGAAGGAACUGGAUUUUGAGGAUCUACGACAGCCUCACAUUUAUUCCUUGAUAGUGACGGCGACGGAGGACUCCGGCGGUUUCUCGACAUCCGUCGAGCUAACGAUCCGAGUGUCCGAUGUGAACGAUAACGCACCCAAAUUCGAAUUGCCGGAUUAUCAAGCUCACAAUGUCGACGAGGAUAUUCCGCUGGGGACAAAUAUACUGAAAGUCAAAGCAACCGACGCUGAUUCGGGGGCAAACGCGGAAAUAGAAUAUUUAGUGUCCGACGAUCAUUUCAGCGUGGACUCGAAUGGCAUUAUCGUUAAUAAUAAACAGCUCGAUGCGGAUAACAAUAAUGCUUAUUACGAAUUCAUCGUCACCGCUAAGGAUAAGGGAGAACCGUCGAAAACGGGAACGGCGACGGUGCGGAUCUACACGAAGAAUAAAAACGACGAGGAGCCGAAAUUCUCCCAGCAAGUUUACACGCCUAACGUCGACGAGAACGCCGGGCCGAACACUCUGGUGACCACUGUCGUGGCGUCGGACAAGGACGGCGAUAACGUGCGAUUCCGCUUCGUCGGCGGCAACACGACGUCGGGACAGUUCGUGAUCGAGGAGAUUACGGGAGUGAUUCGUCUUCACGGCAAGGAGAUAUCCUUGGAUCGCGACAAGUACGAGCUAAACGUCACCGCCUUGGACGACGGCGCGUGCUGCCCAAACGGGGAUCAAACCAUCCACACCAGCACCGCGGUAGUCGUCGUCUUUAUAACAGACGUCAACGACAACAAGCCGGUGUUCAAGGAUUGCGGGAUGUAUUAUCCGAAGGUCGAAGAGGGCGCGCCCAACGGCAGCACCGUCAUCAAGGUACAGGCUACCGACGAGGACAAGGGUGUCAACGGCCAAGUCAAGUACUCGAUCGUGCAGCAGCCCAAUCAAAAGGGCACCAAGUUUACCGUUGACGAGGAGACCGGUCAAGUCUUGACCAACAAGGUUUUUGAUCGUGAAGGCGAUGAUGGGAAAUUUGUGUCCGUCACUGUUAAGGCGACGGAUCAGGGCGAACCUUCGUUAGAAGGUGUUUGCUCAUUUACCGUCGAAAUAACGGACGUGAACGACAACCCGCCGCUAUUCGACCGACAGAGAUAUGUAGAAAAUGUAAAGCAGGAUGCGAGCAUCGGAACAAAUAUAUUGAGAGUGUCGGCAUCCGACGAGGAUGCUGACAAUAAUGGUGCGAUCGUGUACUCGCUGAGUUCGCCCAACAACGAGCAGAAUCUGGAAUACUUUGAGAUCCAACCAGAAUCUGGUUGGAUCGUAUUAAAGAAGCCCCUAGACGAGCAGCGUGACAGCUAUCGCCUGCGAGUACGGGCCUCCGACAGAGGGAUGCCAGUCUUGUCCGCAGACGUGGACGUUGAGUUAGACGUCGUAGACAGAAACAAUAAACCACCUGUGUGGGAUGCGAAUGUAUACGGCCCCAUUCACAUCAAAGAAAAUGUCACAGUGGGUACUAUAGUGACGUCGGUGAAAGCCAGCUCUGGAAUCGACAAUAAUCCGACGGUCUUUUACCACUUAAUGCCCGGUUCCACGGCUCAGACGAACAAGUUUCAUACGUUUUACCUUCAGCAACGCCCCGAUCAAUCGGUGACUUGGGCCGACAUUAAGGUUAACCAUCCCCUGGACUAUGAGAGCAUAAAGGAAUACAAUCUCACCAUACGAGUGGAGAAUAAUGGAGCCCAACAGCUAGCUUCCGAGGCGACCGUGUUCAUCCAGCUAGAGGAUGUUAACGAUGAGAUACCGCUGUUCACCGAACGAGAACAGGAAACCGUACUCGAAGGUGAACCGGUGGGCAGCAAAGUCACCCAGGUGAACGCGAUCGACAAGGACGGGACAUUCCCCAAUAAUCAGGUUACAUAUUACGUGGUGGAGAGCGACAGGAACGAGGGCAAGGAUUACUUCGAGAUCAACAGGGAGACCGGCGAGAUCUUCACAAAAGUAAUGUUCGAUCGUGAAAAGCAGGGCGCUUACGCCCUCGAGGUGGAGGCCAGAGAUGGAGCUCCUUCAGCGAGACCCAACAGCAAUGGUCAUCCAAAUUCAGGUAGGUGA